ACACCCGUCCUGCCAACAUCGCAUUUUCUUGUGAAAAUAAAGCUCACAUACUUUAGAGAGUCUGCGGCCAAUUAAUUAGCCUUUCUCCUGGUUAAUGUGGAGUGAAAAUCAUAUUUUUGGAGUGUCGGCGUGAUCGUGGCUAUGGUAUGAAAUGUUUAAUUCACACUGUAGAAAGAUUUACAGUCGUUUUCUAACAAAGGUAGCCGAAUACAAACUUAUGUUUUCUUGUUAAUCAAACGAAUUAAGUCAAACGUUUUGAUGGCAUUAUUUUAAAGUGUAAUAAGAUGAGGACCAGGGAAAUGUUUUGAGUUGUAAAUUUAGAUGGCUUCACUUGAUUGUACAAUGGCCAAUACGCUUCUCUUACCGGAUAUCGUCUGCUAGCUGGUUAGGGUGUGAGACUGGGGAAAACAUCAGAGAAUGGAAGGCGGGAGAUGUUGUAUUUGAUGAGCAAAGGCCGAGCACAGUGUGAUCGACAAGCUGAAGCGGCGAAGGCCCUACCAAGCCAAACUGAAUGGAAGGGCAUGGGGACACGCCGUUUUCCUAGCCCAACAGUGUAUCCUGUCCUUACCCUCGUCCUUCUACUAACGUUAGGAAUUGCCUUAACUACAGCACAAGGGCUGAGUGACAGAAUUCUAGGGUGUGAUAUCGACACAUGUGCUAAACAAUUCCAAAGAUUACAGUCAGUUGAAAACGGUGUUAUGGGGCCCGAUAAGGAAUGCAUAACUCUCAGAACAUACUGGAACUGUAUUAAGAAAAAGGUUCGAGAUUGCAAGGGAGAUUUAAAUUAUUUGACAGUUCGAACGGGUGUGAAAAAUAGAAUGGGGCAAAAUAAUUGCUCAAAAAAUGGACGAACAUUGGGUCCUGAAGAUGAAAAGACUUCUGUACCUACUAUCCCAUCAGUAUGUUCUUAUCACGGGAAAAAAGUGUAUAAACACUGUGGACUAUUUGGGGAUCCCCAUUUGAGUACAUUUCAUGGAGAUUUCCAAACAUGUAAAGUGCAAGGAGCUUGGCCGCUUGUUAAAAACAAAUUUCUACUAGUUCAAGUGACCAAUGAUCCGGUCACGGGAGAAAGUAGCGCCACAGCCACAAGCAAGUUAACCGUUGUGAUAAAGAAAAAUCAAGAUUGUGCUAUCGAGCCCUACUUAAUGUAUCAAGCCCAGACAGAUGCAUUACCAGGCGCUUUUCAUGAUGGACACACUCAUUAUGGACCACAUAAAGCAGUGGAAUUAUUAGAAAUCGAAGAAGGAAAACAUGUAGAAAUUCACAUUAGAUAUAUAGCAACAACUAUCGUUGUGAGACAAAUUGGACGAUAUUUCACAUUUGCCAUUAAAAUGCCAGAAGAAAUAGUUAACAGCACAAAGGGUGAUUCGAAUUCGGGUUUGUGUGAUCGAGGGUGUCCAGCACAUGAACGCAUAAAUUAUCAGGAAUACUUAGCAACGAGACAUAAAAAAAUUGAUAAUCUAAAAGAAGAUAGUGCUAUUAAAGUUCAAAUGCCGCGCUCGGACGCAGAAGGCAUUUGCCGUGAGGCUAAAGUGGUGGACUUUUAUUUCGAUUCUUGUGUGUUUGAUCUUAUGACAACAGGUGAUAAAAAUUUUACAUUAGCGGCACUGAGUGCUUUACAAGAUAUAAUAAAAUUAGACCCUUCUAUAGUUAACUCCCAGCUUAAUAGGACUGAUUUUAGAAAAUAUGACAAAACAUUUGGGAAUGGUGCCCCACCCAGGACUGGUCUAUCAUGGAUACUAGCCUUCACUGUGUUAUUGUGUGUAUUAUCUUGUAGAAAAGUGCAUUAGUUGUGUAGACUUAUUUUUUUUUUUUUU